GCGUGCGGAUAUUUAAACAGCGACCAGCUCCGCCUCCCUUGUCACUGCUGCAGAGCUACGAACAUCUAGCGCUCGGGAGAGAGGGAGAGCCCAAUCGAAGACAUUCCAGCUAAACGCUUCAACGUAUUUUCUACUGUGACGGAAAUUUAAAAGGCUGUGGUGAUGUCAUCCACACACGAGAAGCUGAUCACUCAUGUGAUGAAGGAGGAGCCAGUUGGCUCCAGGAACAAGGUGACGGUGGUGGGUGUCGGUAUGGUUGGCAUGGCGUCGGCCGUCAGCAUCCUGAUUAAGGAGCUGGCGGACGAGGUGGCGCUGGUGGAUGUGAUGGAGGACAAGCUGAAGGGCGAGGCCAUGGACCUGCAGCACGGGGGGCUCUUCCUGCGCACGCCCAAAAUUGUGGCCGACAAGGACUACAGUGUGACCGCCAACUCCAAGGUCGUCGUGGUGACAGCUGGCGCUCGCCAACAAGAGGGGGAGAGCCGCCUGAACCUGGUUCAGCGCAACGUCAACAUCUUCAAGUUCAUCAUCCCCAACAUCGUCAAGUACAGCCCCAACUGCAUCAUCCUCGUGGUGUCAAACCCCGUGGACAUCCUGACCUAUGUUGCCUGGAAACUGAGCGGCUUCCCCAGGCACCGCGUCAUUGGCAGUGGCACCAACCUGGACUCCGCCCGCUUCCGCUUCCUGAUGGGCGAGCGGCUGCACAUCCACCCCUCCAGCUGCCACGGCUGGAUCGUCGGAGAGCACGGGGACUCCAGCGUGCCGGUGUGGAGCGGGGUGAACGUGGCCGGAGUUUCCCUCAAAGAGCUGAACCCCGAAAUGGGAACGGACAAAGACACGGAGAACUGGAAGACCGUCCACAAAAUGGUGGUCGAAGGUGCCUAUGAAGUCAUUAAGCUGAAGGGGUAUACCUCAUGGGCCAUCGGCCUGUCCGUCGCUGACCUGGUGGAGACCAUUAUCAAGAACUUGAGGAAGGUACACCCUGUGUCCACCCUUGUGCAGGGCAUGCACGGUGUGAAGGACGAGGUCUUCCUCAGUGUGCCGUGUGUGCUGGGGAACAGUGGGCUGACCGACGUGGUCCGCAUGACCCUGAAGCCCGAGGAGGAGCAGCAGCUGGUGAAGAGCGCAGAGACCCUGUGGGGCGUCCAGAAAGAGCUGACGCUGUGAGGACCGCGCCCCAAACUGCGCCCCUCGCCCCCGCCCCCGCCCCUCCCCCUCGCCCCCGCGCUGGCCCCGGCCCCUCGCCCCCGCCCCUGCCCCGGCCCCUCCCCCCCGCGCUGGCCCCUGCCCCUCCCCACACCCCCAAAGAGAACAUGGGGGACCGCCCUAAAUCCAUCACUGGAUCCACGCGCGCCCCCCUUCUACCAAACGCUCCCAAGACUGACCUCAAACUGUUACACCCCUCAACCAGACCGCUCCGGCUCCACCCAGCAGGGGGGGGGGGGGUUAGGGUUCUCUCAUAGUCGUAAAGCAAUGUUACAGGGCCAUCUGUCUGUGUGCAUGUGUGUGUUGUACAUACUGUAUUUAGUCUAACCCUUCCUGUAGACACAAGCCCAGCACUUAACACACAGCACACACAGCUUUGAAGUUAACCACCUGGGCAUUCUGGCUCCCAUUCUGCCGUGGUUCUGUAUUCUUGCACAGAACCAUUCCCUGCCACCCUGUUCACACUCAAAUCAGGGAUCCCACCCCCGUCACAACAGGUCUGCUGCAUCUUACAGAUGAAACCCAGCCACCCACACACACUCCAGAGAACUUGGACCUAACCCUGAUUUUAGCAUUUCAGCUGAAGAGCACUGGACAUAGCCUUUCACUGCCUCACAAACUUCAAUGGAAAUAUAAAACCAGGUAACAAACUUCACACAUUUUAAUUAUUUUACUUAUUUAAAUAUAAA